CACACUGAUGCACAGUUUGGCGAGUCUGCAAGAAGCAAAAGAAAUAUGUGUUGUCUCAAAUAGUGUUUAAUUACUGCAAAUCUCAUUAACUUUAGCUUAUUUUUGUUUCUGUUUAUUAAAAAAGCAACACAAACAAUUUUCUAAUUUGCUAUACGCGUUGGGGAGUGACGUACACAUUCAAUUCUUAACAUUUUGCACACAGUUUGUUGAUGUUGUUGUUGUUCCACUUGUUUUGAGAAUUGUGCAAGGACGUUGUUGGUGGGACGCUGUCGUGCUUGUCCUCGAAUGCGAAGAAGGCGCAACAAUUAGAACGCGCAACAAGGCGGACAACAAUAGAGAGAAAUACCAAAAAUACCAAAACGUAGCAAUCGUAAUAUGGACAAUGCAGCAACAACAACAGCCGCAGCAGCAGUCGAAGCUGCCGCCGAUGAUAAUGACAGCGACAAUGAUGUAGUCACCGAUUUUCUAAACUCGAAUUGCAACAGCAACGGCGACGUGUCAGCUAAAGUAGUCAAUGGAGCUAGUGCAAUCAUUACCAAUGGCAAAAUUCUAGGCUCGACACCGCGCGCUACAGUUGAAAGCCAAAACUACUGUAUACCUGUUAUAAACGCGCCUCCUCCGACGUCUGUUGUGCCCGGCAACAACAAUAACAACAGUAGCAACAUUAAUAGUAUUAGCAACAGCAACAACAACAAUAUGAACAUGAUACCCACCAUUAAUGUUACGCCUCAUAGUCCCGCCUCGGCAUCCAAAUACAAUAAUAUCUUCGAGGAUACACUCAGUCAACUGCAAAACAUUCGUGAGACGGUGCAACAAAUGAAGAACUCGACCAGUCAACAGCAUCAUGAUGGUUUGGCAAACAGCUAUGGCCUUCUUAGUGCUGCCAUCUUAAGCGCCUCGUUGCCGGAUCUCAGCAACGCGGGCAAUGGCAGUGGCAACGUGGGUGUCAUGUGGUCAGCGGCACCGCAGCAGUGUCUUCUGCUGCACACGGAUCGUCGCAAGUCCUGGACAGCUGUGGAUGAUGCCAGCGCCACAGGCGGCGAUUGCACUAACAAGAGCGUCAGUCUCUCGAGCCUGGACAGCGAGGAACAGGAAACCAUACGAGUCACCGAGCAGCGUCGUCGUUCAGCACGCAACAGCACUGGCGGCAUUUCGACGCAUUCACUCAACGAGGCAGAGUUGGCACGAGACUUCGAGCGGAUUGCAGCCAAGAGGAGUCUGGCCACAGAGAUCAUCAGUCGGAUACCGUUGCAAAAGAGCAUCUCGACAUCGUCGAUCAUCGCCAAGGAGGACAUCAAGGCGCUUGCUCGACAUCUCACGGAUAGCGAGGAUGAGAAUCAGAGUCUGUUGCGUUCGCAUGCCAAAAUCGAGGUCUACGAUCACGUAGAGAAGCGUCCCAAGCGCGGUUCCCUCUUCUUUCGUAAAAAGAAACCCAAGGCCAAGACGAAGUCUCUGGUGGGCGGUGUGCAGCUAAACGCCUGUGACAUGGACGCCCAUCUCGAGAGUAGCGGCAAGUUGCAUGGCAAGAAGUUGUCGGCAGCGGGUCAAGACUAUUGCGAUGGCUCCGAGGCGCUACAGUUGCAGCUUCAGCACCUGAGCCAUCAGCAGGAGGAGCAACAGCCACUGAUACGGGCCGCCGAACUGCAGUUCCUCAAUGAGCCACCGAUUGAGGCUCAAGAUUUGGGCGCAGAUCCAGCGUUGGGCAUCGUGCUGCUGGAGCCCGAUUCCUGGACACCGAAUGUGCCCAAGGAGCAGCUGAAAACACUGAAGGAGUUGCAAAUCAAGCGACAGGAACACAUCUAUGAGUUCAUCAUGACCGAGAAACAUCACUGCCAGACGCUCAUCGUAAUGCGUAAGGUGUUCGUGGAGAGUCUGGAGCGUCAUUUUCCCGCUCUCAACAUACACAGCAUGUUUCCCCGCUUGCAGCAGCUGACGGAACUGCACACCUGCUUUCUGCGCCAGCUGCGACAGAAGCAGCGCGAGAAUCUCGUUGUGGACAGCAUUGCGGACAUUCUGCUCGAGUUCUUUUCGCAGGAGCAGGCGCAAUGUUUGCGUCUUGCCUACGGCGAAUUUUGUGCGAAUCAUCGCAGCGCGCUGGAACAGUUUAAGCAGUGUUUGGCCGAGCCAAGCUUUGCGGAGUGGUAUAAGCACUGUCUGCAGAAUCCGUUGCUCAAGAAAAAGGGCAUUCCAGAGUGCAUACUCUUUGUGACACAGCGUCUCACCAAAUAUCCGCUGCUCAUCGAACCACUGCUGAAGAGCGCACGCGACAAUAAACUAGAGACGGACAAGCUGCAACAUGCUUUAAACUUGGUCAAGUCGCUGCUGGUUGAUGUCGAUGCCUGUGUGGCGGAAAAGGAGUUGCGCGAGCGUCAGCUGGAGAUUUAUGCGCGAGUCGAUGCCAAAUCCUUUGCGAUCUACAAAAAUAAACCUUUUCGCAAAACAGAACUGGGCGUGGAGUCGCGUCGACGUCUGAAAUUCGAUGGACUCGCCACGCUUAUGCAGGGACGUGCCAAAACGCAGCUGGUGCUUGUCGUCGUGCUCACCGAUUGCUUGUGCUUCCUUAGCGAGAAUUCGGCGCACAACAAGUACGCCUUCUUUACGCCCGAGCACAAGGCGGGUGUCGUGCCGCUGCAGAAGUUGUUGAUACGCGAGAAAGCGGGCACCGAAUCCCGUGGCAUUUAUAUCAUCAGCUCCAAUCCUGAUUUUCCCGAGAUGUACGAACUGAAGGUGCAAACGCCCAAGGACAAACAGACCUGGAUACAAACCAUACGCCAGGCGGUGCUCGAUUGCCCGGCCACCGAUAUUAUUGAGGCGGAGGCUUUGACGGCCGAGGAGAAGCUGCGCAUUGGUGUCAAUAAGCGAGAGACGAUCGAGAAGAUGCGACAGAAGGACAUCGAGCAGGCGCUGCUGCUCGAGGAGAAACUUAUGCUGCAGUUCAAUCUGCUGAAGCAACAGCAACCGUUUAGCGGCGACAUCAACACCAACAAUGCCAACGGCAAUGCAGCCAAUUUUCUGGCCGCCUUCGGCUCGUACAAGGAGCUGGUGAGCACCGACUGUGACACUGCCGAGCUGUGGCGACGUGUGCUCAACACAGUGCAGGACAUUAGCCAGCUGGCGGCGAGCAUUUACAGCGCCUCCACAGGGCUGCCCGUCUCCCGCACCGUCAGCAGCGUGGGCGAGAAACAGAGCGUGCUCUAUGCGUCGCCCACGCUGCCGAAGCGUGCGGAAACCUUUGCUGGUUUCGAUGAGAAGCGCGGCAAACUGGGAGGACGCGAGACGGCGGCCAGCAAGCUGAAUACGUUGCAGGUGUUGACGCCACGACUGCAGGAGCUGGAGGAGAAGCGUGAACUUAAGACGCCUGCAACAGAGAGAGAGCGAGAGCCGCCACAAGCGCAACCGCAGCAGCUGCAGCUGCAUGCGAGCACGCUGCCAGCGAACAGCAAAGAGCACAACUAUGCAGUGUUGCAGGUGUCGCACCAUCUACACACGCUGCUUUGCAUCAUCUCGCAGCAGAUGACCUGCAUCCAGAGUCUACAGCUGCAGUUGGCGCUGUAUCGUGAGAGUCCGCGCAACAGCAGCGGUGGCGGUGGCAGCGGCUCAACGGGCUAUACACACAAGGACCAGCUGGAGGAGCUGCGUAAUUUGCAGGACAAGCUGCAGGAGGAGAAGACCGCCUGGUUGCGUCAAAAGCAACAGCAGCUCGACGAGUUGACCGAAAUGAAGGCUCAGCAGUUGCAGCUGCAGCAGCAAAUCAAGGCCGAGCAGGAGGAUGUGCGCCAGCAGCGUGAGCAGCUCUAUCGCAAAAUGGAGCUGCUCUCCAGCCAGGGAUUGCUGCUCUCGCCAAGCACACCGCUGCCCACUCUGGCGCCGGCCAUGGCUCCCGUCGCUGUGCCCGAGGAUGCCUACGAGCUGGACACGCCAACUGGUGGCGCCGCAACACCCACAACAACAACGACAGCAGCCGCCGCUUCAACGAUUGAUCGACGCAAGGAAAAAUGGCUGAGUGGCAGCUCCAAUUGCAAGACGCCGCCCGUGCAUUUGCUGAGCGCCAACAAUGCGCCUAAAGCGAAUUCAACGCUGGUCAAACAGAAGCUGCCCAUGAAGCUAUCGUCGCUGUCCUCUGGUGCACGUGUCGACAAAUCCGCCAGCUUCAACAACAGCUCCAACAACGGAGCUUCACCUGCCACCGCAGGUAGUGCGGGCGUUCAACAAAUGUUUCCCCUUAAGCUGGCCGAUAAGCAGCGACAGACAACCGUGGUGACCCCUACGCCGCAACAUGCACGCACAGGCAGCUCGCCGGCUAUCAUCCAGCAAUCGACAACCACACCUUCCACCACGGGCAGCACGCCUAGCGUUGCACGUGCCGAGUCGCAAGCGCAUUACUCAACCUAUGCUUCCGCUCAGCAGCGUCAAAACCAGACGCCCACUAGCAGUCGAGUGCAACAAUCGACAGGAGCGACAGGAGGAGUUCGUAGUGGGCAGGCGCCACGGGCCAAACCCGAGGAGGAGGAGAUCUACUUCUGACGCAAGUUCACGCCAGAGGUUGAAAUCUAAACUCAAAAAAAGAAAACAAAUAACAUUCCAAUGCAGCUCAAUAAUGCAGCACGAUUUGCCUGAAAGUUCCCUCUAUAAGUUUAAAGUUAAUUUUUUAUCGUCUUACGCGAUAAUUUUUACUAAUUUACGUACUGACUUAUUUUUUAUUUAUUGACUAUGCUUAUCAGCAUAAAGCAUGUGUAGUAUCUAUGGCAGGUUUAAACAACAUAGCUUUAAAACCAACUGGAAUUUUGAGCAACAGAUUAACAAACAACUAAUGACUAAAUAAUAGACAAGCUAUAGUGAGUGUGCUCGACUGUGAGAUACCCGAUACCCUAAUCUGGACAAUAUCUUAAACGUGUAA